UCUUUUUUUUUUCUCAAAUAUUCUAGCUUUUAGUUUUUUUUUUUAAUAAACUACUUCAGCUUUAAGUUUUUUGUAACACAUUUAACAUAAAUGUUACCAAAAUAAUAAACUAUGUACAAAUAAACCACCGCAAAUAAACAAUUCACAAACUAACGCUCUGUUUUGUAAUUUGAUUCUUGGUGGAAGAGUUAUAUACUUGUAGCAUUUACUAAUGAAGUUACAGCCAUGCCCAAGGUAGUUUAGGCUUUAUGCCUUCUUUUCGGAGUGAAUUCUAAUGUUCGGUCAACUUCCAUGUCCUCAAGCAUGGGAAUGCAUUCAUUAUCGACUGAACCAGAAGUUUCAGUUGAAGAUAAGAGUACCAAGUCCAAAAAGCUGCAAGAGAAAUCACAACAAACUGAAUUGAAAAAUAACUUGAAGGAUUUUCAUUUGCUCUUAGAGAAUAUCUCUAAAUCUCUUGAUAAAAUGGAAGAAGUAUUCAAGUCUGCCUCUUCCUCUUCUAAUGCCACAACAGAGUCCCUUGCAGAUAUUAAAUCUUUCUUCAAUAUGUCGGUUGAUGUUGUUCUUUUGAAUGAGGCUCUCUUAUCCAAUUUCAGGAAAGCUGCUGAACACUUGGUUGACAAAACCAGUAUCCUUGGACAGGACAGGUGUGACCGUUUAAAGAAAUUCAAUAAUGAGAUCAAUAGGGAAGUUAAUCGUUUAAGCACUGCAGUUGAAAGAGAAAAAAAGAGAGCUGAACUUGAAAAAGCACGAGGUUUAUAUGUUGGCACUCUAAACACUUCCAAGACUGCAUUUCAACCCUGUCGAGAUGAGAUGCUAACGAUGGUUUCCAAACAUGACGAACUGGAGAAAAAUCUUCGAGAUUAUGAAAUGCUGAUGAUUCAGAAGAUGCCCCUUUUUGAAAAAGUGUAUUCUCAACAAAAAAGUAGCAUUCAGACAGAUAUCAGUGGUUUCCGAGAGAAAGAACAGCUUUUACAACAACUAAGCCAAGAAAUUGAUAAUCUUCGUAAAGAACCUUCAAUUGAUUGGACUGGCCUGAUUGCUGCAUUUUAUAAUUAACUUUUCACGCUUUGUUUUCAGCUUAUCACUUUUAUAACUAUUUUCUUAAUUACUAUUGAAAGACCUCUACUA